GUUUAUUUUUCAUUCAUUUCAUGUCAUUCAUCCAGGCUUCCCAAAUUGUUCUAUUUCAUUCUUUUCUUUCUUUUUUUUUCCAGCCUACAAGUUUGGCCCACAUUCCGAUGAUCGCUUAUUCCGCAGCAUUUCAAAUAUUUUCCCCUAGAAGACGUCAGACAUUUAAGGCUUCCUGGUUGUCUCCCUCUGUUGAUCAGGUUCGGGGAGCUGUGCCCUUCCUCUGCUGGGGCCACCCACGACAUGCCCUUCAAUUUGGGCCCGGCUUUACCCAGGAUGGCUGGGGCUUCCCAAGCAGAUGGAGGCUUUGAAGGGAUCCUCCAGAUCCUAGACGGGAUCCCAGCAGAGAGGCUGAUUCAAUACAGGCACAAGCUGAGCUGCUUGCACCAAGACCGGAAGAGCUGCCAUCUCCUGCACAUCAUGAUCCUGUGGUCCUUGGGGCGAGACGAUGAAGCCAGGGUGCAUCUCGACAGCUUGAGGGAUGACGAGGUGGCCCUCCACCUCUCCCAAAGCCUCUGGGGCACGGGGGGAGCAACGAGGAAAACCCCAGAGCAACUCCAGAAGGACCUUGCCAAGGUGGCCCAAUCCGUGGCAGAGAUCUACUCACUCUUGGUUGAUGAGAAGCUCUGUGACCCGCUGGCCCGAGACGAAGCCUACAGAGAAGCUAUCCGAGCCUUUAAAGCAAGCCACCUUGUAGGAGCCCAACUCAAAGGUCUUCUGGAUGAAGCUGUGGAGAAGUGUGGACUGCAGUUCAUCUCAACGGUGCCCAAGAAAAAUGUCGAAGCUCUAGCCUCAGGUCGAUGGGAGUUAACUCCAGCCAGAAGGAGCAGUCUGGGGCCAAUCGUCAGCUCUUCUCCUCCCGAUAACCCUCAGUCUUUACGUUCUACAGGUAGCCCCGUCUCCUACAUCAGCGACCUUAAGAUCAGCGAGAGUUCAAUAACCUCCAACAGCCCUCCCAGCACAGGAGGCUCCUUGCCUCUACCAACAACCGGCCAAGGAGAAAACAUCAGAUCUCUAUCGUUGGCCAACAGCUGCUCUGCCAAUUCAAGAAAACCUUCUCUACCAAAUUCCAGAGGUCCCGGUUUACUGCCUCACUCCAAAAUCACACAGUCCCCCGCGGCAUCUGCCCAGAGUCCGCCAACCCCAAACCCAGCAUCAUCAGGAGAUCUGACGCGGACUUUUCAGUCCCCGUCUCUGCAGAAGCCGGGUUCAGCACUUUCUGCAGGAAGUGGUCUGCCCCGUUCCUCUGCUCCAGCACCAAUCACGAGUUUUGGACCUCUGCUGUCUUCUUCUUCUUCUACUUCAGAUCUCGCCUCUUGUAGCUCAGAACCUUCUUCUUCGAUGGUCCCACCCGACGAUGAAAGGCAGUUCUACACCUUCGUGGUCCUGCAUGCCGCAGAAGACGAGCUGGUGGCUUGCCGGGUGAAGGAACGCUUGGAGGCCUUGGGGGUCUCCAACGGGGCCACCUUCAGUGAAGAUUUCCUCGUCCCUGGGCGUGGCCAGCUCAACUGUUUCCAGAACGCCCUGGACCACUCGGCCUUCACGCUCGUGCUCCUGACUAGGAACUUCACGGGCCGCCUGUGUGAAUAUCAACGCGACACAGCCUUGAUGGACUCCCUCACCCGCUGUUGCAAGAGGAACUCGGUCAUUCCGUUUGUGCCUAAGGAGAACUCAGUAAAUCCCGUGCAAAUGCCCUUCCUGCUCGCUUCUCUGGUGCCCUUGUGUGAAAAGUCUCCCGUGUUUGAGAAGAGGGUAAAGAAGACCUUCACUCCAAAGGUGAUCCGGGAGAAGAAGGCCGCCUGGGACCUCCUGAGACAGAUCCAGGAAAGAGAGGAAGCGCGAGAACGGGAACGAGAAAACUUGUGGCUACAGCAACAUCUCGCUGUCCUCAACCUUCAGUCAUCCGUUCAACCACCGGUGGUGGAGAUGUCAAGAAUGCAAGCCCAAGGAGGCAAUGAUGCUCAAGUCUUUCCUCCUCCUGCAACGUCCUUUGUGAAAGUGGGGCUGGACCAGGCUUCCUUCUCCCAUUCGUUCCUGUCCUCGAUGGGUUCUCCCAACACAAUGCCAGGCCCCCAGCUCAUCAUCCAGAAUGCCCAGAUGAUUCAGAUCGGUGACUAUAACAAAAUGCAGGUGGAAAGAAGCAACCCAAUGGUUGGCACGGCCAAUGAGACCAUCGAGAGGGCACCGGUGGCGGAAAAGGAGGACAACUCCAGAGAAUGGAAAUGAGAUGGAUGAAAAAAGAAUGGAGAAAAAUGUCUUAAAAUUUCCUAAUGAGAAGCAUCAGUGAUCUUGUCGAGGGAAGGUGUUCUGACUGAGGCUUCCCGAGAGCCUGAAGCAGACUCCUUGUCCCGAGAAAAACCCCUUUUGUUAAUU